AUGUGCUCAAGCAGACCUGUGGUAUAUCGUUCACCGCCGGCGUUGUUGCCAUCACCAAGGAAGAUCUUUUCAGUGUUGAGACAACAAUCAUCCAUUUCAGGCUAUUGCGGGAACAGCAGCAGUGACGAGGACGACGACAUCACGGCCUUCGCUUCUUCAACGGCCGUCUUUCAAGACAACUUGUCGCUGGACGCGCUCACCGAUAUCCAGCCGCUGGACCAUGGUGGAUUUUGUAUCGUGUGCUCGUGUACGUACAACGGCGUUCAGAGAGCCGUGCUCAAGAUACCCAAACCGCAGGGGCCCAACAGCGCCGCGGCUGAUUUGCUGGCCGAGAUAGCAAUCUACAAGCGCAUCUCCGAACGAGGCGGACAUCCAAAUAUUGCCGCCGCGCUGGGUGCUGGGUUCACGUCUCGAGGCGAGCCCUUCCUUGUCCUGGAGCGUCUCGAGGGGGGCAGCCUUGCCGGAGCUAUCGAGAGAAGCCGAACGCCAGGUGGCGAUGCCGCCGACGGAGGGUCGUGGGUUGAUCUCGUCAUGCGUCUACCCGUGGCGCUCGAGCUAGCUGAUGCCCUGCAGUACUUGCACCGCGAUGCUCUCCCGGGCUUUAUUCUUCACCGAGAUCUCAAACCAACAAAUAUCGGGCUCUGCGCCGAGGGGCACGUGAAGGUGUUCGACUUUGGGCUUUCCGUGGUGCAAGAGGUUCGGAGAGGAAACUUGAACCAGAAAUACCAGAUGUCGGGCAUGGCCGGCAGCAAGCGUUUCAUGAGCCCAGAGGUUUGCAACGGCCUCCCGUACAACGAGAAGGUCGACGUUUACUCGUUCGCCAUCGUGCUCUGGGAGAUUUGCACCCUCCGAAAGCCGUUCGCCGGAAUGAGCGUGGCCGACCACUACCGAGAGGUCAUCACCGGCGGCUUGAGGCCGCCGCUGGACCCCCGAUGGCCGGGAGCUCUCCAACACCUCCUGCAGGCUUGCUGGCACGAGGACCCGGAUCGACGGCCGUCGAUCUCGAAGGCCAGGGAUGUCUUGCAGCAAAUUUUCCUGGCUGGGGGUGGGUGGGAUAUUUGA